AUGUACCUGGGAUAUCUUGUGGAUAAGGACACCAACAUGUAUCCCAGCCCGGUCCGGCACCCCAGCCUCAACCUCAGCCCCCAGAACUACGUGCCGGGGCCGCCGCAGUACUCGGACUUCGCCAGCUACCACCAUGUGCCGGGGAUCAACAACGAGCUGCACCACGGGCAGCCGGCCGCAGCCUGGGGCUCUCCCUACACCCCUGCCAAGGAGGACUGGCAUUCCUACGGCCCCGCCGCCACCCCUUCCACCGCCAGCCCCGGCCAGUUUGGAUUCAGCCCCCCAGAUUUUAACCCCAUUCAGCCCCCGGGCUCUGGACUCCUGCCCCCACCCAUCAGCAGCUCGGUGCCCCAGCUCUCCCCCAGUGCCCAGAGGCGCACCCCGUAUGAGUGGAUGAGGCGCAGCAUUCCCAGCACCAGCAACAACGGCAAGACCAGGACAAAGGACAAGUACCGGGUGGUGUACACGGACCACCAGCGCCUGGAGCUGGAGAAGGAGUUCCACUACAGCCGCUACAUCACCAUCCGCCGCAAGGCCGAGCUGGCGGCAGCCCUGGGGCUGACCGAGCGGCAGGUGAAAAUCUGGUUUCAGAAUCGGAGGGCAAAGGAGAGGAAGGUGAACAAGAAGAAGCUGCAGCAGCAGAGCCAGCCCACCAGCACCACCACGCCGACCCCCCCGGCUGUCAGCACCCUGGGACCCAUCGGGGGAAUCUGCAGCAGCAAUGCCCCCAACCUCGUCUCCUCUUCUCCACUCACCAUCAAGGAAGAAUUCAUGCCUUAA